AUGCUAAGCCCUUCAUCUAUGGAAAUAGAUCCCCCUAUUAGUUUAACCACUGACAGUGCAGCAUUAGCUAUAGUUGAGAAAGGCGUUCAACUUCGUGACAAUUACCCAGAGGAUUUACAGUCCCAACUCAACCAGCUGACAGAAAACCAACCGUCAGGUAGACCCACCAAUGAGAAACGUGAGAAAAUAGCUAACUUAAAACAGCAAAUUCUAAAUCACCAAACAGAAAUCCUAAACGUGAUUUCAGCCCUUGCGUUAGUCCAAACUCAACAUUCACAACUACAACAAGUACAUUUUGAUGCUGCUCUUUCUUCCAUUUCCCAACAAGCAACAAAUAAGCGUAUUAUCGGGGAAGCACAAUCGCACAUUGUUUCAAUACAGACUGACAAACAUUUUCUCGAAUCACAAGCUCACCAACUUCUGCAAGCAAAUUCUCAGCUUGAACAACUACUUUCAGAAAAAAUUUUAGAGCUGGAGACUAGUAAACAAGAAAUAUUAGCCCUUAAGUCAGACCUUAAUAAACAAAUUGAUCACGGCAACAAAACCCUAGUUUCUCUACACGAACAAGCUUUGAAAGAUAACGCUGACAUUUCAGAUCUCAAAACUCAUCUACGAAACCGCACAGACACUCAAACCGUACUUGAAGCAAAAGUAAAAUCUCUUUCAGAAGAUCUCUCUCAGCACGCUACACAAUAUUCUAAACAAACAAUAGACGUUAAUACACAACUAAAAGCCCUCAAAACACAACUCUCGGAGAAUAGCAAAGAAAAAACUGAUAUUCAACAGACAUUAUCCAAUAAAAUAGCUUUAUUAGCACACGAAAAUACUUCCCUCCAAACAACCCUUAACUGCCUAAAAGAUCUUCCUCACGAUACAGCAUCAGACAAAACUCCUUCACUACGACAAAUAGUUGUCGAUCUCCAAACCUCAAACAACCAUUUAAUUGGAGAACAGAAAGCACUGCAGGAAACAAUCUCCCAACCUAACGGAAAAAUCGACCACCUUGAACUCCUUCUUAACAACGCAACAUCUAGUAAUUCUAGUAAAGAUAUAGAAAUAAAUUCCUUGAAGCAGUCACUAUCUUUUGCGGUUUCCAAAUUCAGCAACCAAUCCUUAGAGCUUAACCAAAUAAAAGAAACUUCCGAGCGCCAACGUUCCAUUAUCGAAACUCUAAAAACUUCACCAGCUAGCAACAUCAUAUCCAACGUUAUCGAUCGUUGCAACGCGGAACAUCUUGCACAUGUGACGCGCAUGAUCUCUCAAGACCAGCCAACAUCCAUCAUGGCAUCAGCAUCAGACCUGGGAGAACUGGUAUCCAUCCCACUUCGCGAGAAAAUACCUCGUUUCAGUGGAUACCUCGGUGACAUUAGUGCAAGUUGGUUCCAAGAAGCCGAAAGAAUAGCAAAAGGCGCUAAUUGGUCCAAAAAACAAAUGAAACGAUACUUCUUUGAAAGAUUUACAAAGUUGGCCCUUUCUUUCCAAGAAGAAAUCGAUGAUCCGAACUAUCCUGAUCCAGUAGUAUCGUACCAAGAAUGGAAGGAACUUAUCAUCCAGGAAUUUAAAGAUCCAACGGAAAAUCAAUACUUUAAAAAUGAACUCAACGAAAUAAAACAAAAACCCAAUGAACGAGUACGCGAUUUUCGUGCACGAAUCGAAAAAAAUUUUAUAAAAGGAUACGGUGAAAACAUGUUUCGCAGCAAAAACGAAACACUUGCUUCAGUUAGGGACGACAUAUUAAAGGCAGCUUUCGAAAAUGGACUUAAAAGUGAUUUACACGCCGGUUAUGAAAACAGAAUAACUGCUACAGCAACUUACGAUGUCGCCAUAGCAACUGCAACAGAAGUUGAAAGCAUCCUAACCAGAAAACACUCUUCGGCCAGAGCACGGCAACCCGAUCUUAGUGCUAUAAAUCUCAGUCACGAGCUUUUAUCAUCCGACAUUGAGGACCUUAAACGAAAAUUCGAGGGACUCACCUGUUCUUCCGUGGAAACUUUAUAG